AUGUUAGUGGGCAGCUGGUUUCUUUGCCUCAUCUUCGGCCUCGCUUUCAGUCUCUUGAGCUCUGCUCAAGCUGGUCGGCACGCAGGACCGAUCCCAGCAUACCAAGGCCACGGUGUUUUGGGACAUGGCAUCAAAGCCGAAUCAAAACCGCCACUCAAAUCGUUACUGGUUGAUGUAUCUGCCACUUCACUUGUCGCUGAAGAAGCGCUUUUGGCCCGUACUGGAAGCGCUGCGGCAGAACUGACAAGGGUUAUGAAGGCCAAGAGGAAAGUGAAGGCGGAGAAUUUUCGUGUUGCAAACAUUUUUGCUGGGAAUAUUGUAGAGCGAGGAGUACCUGGGAAGAUGAUGGGCAUCACGGGGCUACUAUGCGGUAUUGAUCUGUUUUCGGCGCUAUUUUGCGGCCUGGAAUCAACUUACUGCGCUGUAUUUGGUAGCGAGUAG